AUCAUCCACCAUAGCCCAUAGUGCAUUGUGUUUUGCUACAAAAUGAACAAAAACCGUUUAAAAAGUUGAUAAAUUCAAAUGUUAUGCGCUGCAUUUGCAUUUGUUGUCGUCGUCGUGUUUGUUGUUGCUACUGCCGUUGUCCCCGCCAGACAAAAUGGAACAGGAGAUUGGCACCUGGGAUUCAGUUCUACUGGAAAACCUAUCUGAGGAUAGCUUCAUAAGCAACAUACACCAGCGUUAUAAACGCGAUCAUAUAUAUACGUAUAUUGGAACUUCUGUUGUGGCGCUGAAUCCAUAUCAUCACAUAUCCGAGCAUUCGCUGGACAACAUACGGAACUAUGGCAAUAAAGGCAUUUUUCAGUUACCACCACACAUUUAUGGGCUUACAAAUUUGGCCUAUCAGUCUCUUAAGGAUCACAGCGAGGAUCAAUGCGUGUUGCUUACUGGCGAGGGUGGCGCUGGCAAAACGGAGACUUUCAAAAUGAUUGUCAAUUUUCUCACACACAUACAGGAUCGUGCACUCUGCAGCAGCAGCAGCGGCACACCAAACGUCUUGCGCAAACAGUCCUCCACUAGCUCAGCAACUGGCGUUGCCGCAAUGCAAACCCAUAGGCGCGCCUCAAGCAGUUGCUCCGCCACGGGCAACUAUGUAAUUUGUAAAGCCAGUGGAGCAGCAGCGUCCAGCUCACGACGCCAGUCACCUUCACCAGGUCCAGGUCCCUCACAGCGCGCACGCACGCGCACCGAAAGCAUCGAGCGCCAGGCCAGGCGCAAUAUGCGUGAAAAGAUUGUGGAAUUCGAUUUCACGCAUCACAAGAGCACGGAGAACAUAAGCACGCUGCUGGAAACAGUAGGCGGGGCGUAUGCACACACGCAUCCAACAAAAUCUUGCUUUAAGCAUCAACAAACACAAGUAAGCAACUGCACUGCCAAUGCCUACGUGCCAACGCCAAAGGCCACAGCCUGCAGCGCCUCGCCCAAAUAUAUGCCGCAUGGCUGUCGCCAGUGUGGUCACAGCAAAUGCACACGCGCUCAAAGCUUGGAAAAGGAGGAACGCGAUGCAGCGCUGCUGUUGAUGCAUAGCAGCAACAGUCGCCUAUCCACUGCCCACCAUCAAACGCAGCCGCAACGCGGCAGCUGCUCAAAUCUUGUGCGUCAGCUUUCCACAGAAAGCCAGCCAGAGCGACAGUUGAACAUGGGCUCCCAGCAGCGCAUAUCGCUGUACGAUGCACACAAGCUAAGCAAAGUGUUUGGCAGCACCUCAGUGUCGCCAACGCCCUCAGUCAGCUCUUCACUGCAUCGGCGCCACAAGUCACCGAAUCAACGCCUGCGCGAAUGCGUCACCUGUGCUGACGUUUUUCUGGAAGCCAUGGGCAAUGCUUGCACGCUUAAGAACACCAACUCCAGCAGAUAUGGCAAACUGUUUGACAUUGAGAUUGACUUUAAAGGGGAUCCCAUGGGCGUGCACAUAACACAUUAUAUGCUGGAAAAGACUCGCAUCACAGACACCAUCAUAGGAGAACGCAACUUUCAUAUAUUCUACCAAUUGCUGCUGGGUGCUGAUCUGCAAUUGUUGAAAUCGCUUAAGCUAUUUCGCAAUGUGGAAAAGUACGAGCUGCUGCGCAAUACAACUGGCAUGGAGGAAGACCGCACCAAUUUUCAUUAUACAAAGCGCUCACUGGACGUGCUUGGCUUAAGUUGUGAUGAGAUCAACUCUAUUUUUCGCGUUAUUGCCGUAGUCUUGAAGCUGGGCAAUUUUAUAUUUGUGCCUGUGACUAACAUUGAUGGCACCGAAGGCUGUCAGGUUUCAAAUGUUUAUGAAGUGCAAGAGACAGCGCAGUUACUCAACUUGGAAGCUCAAAUUUUAAUUAAUUGCCUGACCAGAGCGAAUAGCACGAACAGCACUCAAGAGGAUGUGGGCUGCGAAAUGGAUGCGAGGCAAGCUUCCAGUAAUCGUAAUACGCUCUGUCGCACGCUAUACAGCAGACUCUUUACCUGGCUAGUAAAUAAAAUCAAUGAGUCUUUAAAGUCUACGCAGCGCGAGAAGAAUCUUGCUUUGUUGGACUUUUAUGGCUUUGAGGUGUCAGAUCAUAAUUCGUUUGAGCAAUUUGCCAUUAACUACAGCGCGGAAAAAAUACAUCAGAACUUUGUCUUCAAUGUGCUGCGCUCAGAGCAGGAGCUUUAUUUGCGCGAGGGUUUGGAAUGGUCACGCAUUGACUACUUUGACAACGAGUCCAUCUGCGAGCUGAUUGAUAAGCCCAGUUAUGGCAUAUUGAGUCUAAUUAAUGAGCCGCACCUAAGCAGCAAUGAGGCGUUGUUGUUGCGCGUGCAGCAAUGCUGCGCCGGACAUCCCAACUUCAUGACCAGCGGCAGCAAUUCCAUGUCAUUUCAAAUACGCCAUUUUGCCAAUGUUGUUAACUACUCGAUUCAUCGCUUUCUAGAAAAGAACUCUGAUACGUUGCCCAAGUACAUAAGCGCUGGGUUUUAUCAGAGCAAGCUAGCGCUGGUGCAGAGUCUCUUCCCCGAGGGCAACCCACGUCGCCAGGCGAGCAAAAAACCCACAACACUCAGCUCGAAUAUACGCACGCAGCUGCAAACGCUGUUGGCCAUUGUCAAGCAUCGUCGCGCGCAUUAUGUAUUCUGCAUUAAGCCCAACGAGUGCAAGCAGUCGCAUCAGUUUGAUUUGGCGCUGGUGCAGCAUCAGGUGCGCUACAUGUCGCUAAUGCCACUGGUGCAUCUUUGUCGUACUGGACACUGCUAUCACUUGUCGCAUGUCAAGUUCUUUCAACGCUAUAAGCUGCUUAAUAGCUUAACCUGGCCGCAUUUUCACGGCGGCAGCCAAGUGGAGGGCAUCGCAUUGAUCAUACGCAAUUUACCAUUGCCCUCGGCAGAGUUUACAAUUGGCACCAAGAAUGUGUUCGUGCGUAGUCCGCGCACUGUCUAUGAACUGGAGCAGUUUCGACGACUGCGUAUCGCCGAGCUGGCCGUGCUUAUCCAAAAGAUGUUUCGCAUGUAUCAUGCGCGCAAGCGUUUUAAUCGCAUGCGACACAGUCAAAUGGUCAUCUCGAGUGCGUGGCGCACGUGGCGAGAGUGCCGCUUUGGCAUUCCCUUUACGGGCCGUAGGCAUUUAUGGAGUUUAUAUCGUGUUGCACGUGAAGAGUACCGUACAUUAAAGUACAAGCGCCAGGUCAAGUGGGCCGUGGAAGUCAUUGCACGUUACUAUCAUCAAUGGAAAAUACGCCAGUACUUACUCACUAUUCCUCUACGCCUGCCGCCCAACACACUCAGCCCGCUGUCCGGCGAGUGGCCAGCAGCACCUGGAUUCUUGGCAGAUGCAUCGCGAUUAUUGCGCUCUAUCUAUCAUCGCUGGAAGUGUUAUAUAUAUCGCAACUCAUUCGAUCAAACAGCACGCAAUAGAAUGCGGGAAAAAGUUACAGCCAGCAUUAUAUUCAAGGAUCGCAAAGCCUCCUAUGCGCAAAGCGUUGGCCAUCCUUUUGUGGGCGAUUAUGUGCGUUUGCGUCAUAAUCAACAAUGGAAAAAGAUUUGCGCCGAGACCAAUGACCAGUAUGUGGUAUUUGCUGAUAUAAUCAACAAAAUAGCACGCUCCAGUGGCAAGUUUGUGCCCAUAUUGCUGGUGUUAUCUACAUCAUCGUUACUUUUGCUGGAUCAGCGCACAUUGCAAAUAAAAUAUCGUGUGCCUGCCUCAGAGAUUUAUCGCAUGUCAUUGAGUCCUUAUCUCGACGAUAUUGCAGUGUUUCAUGUAAAAGCGUCGGAACUUGGUCGUAAGAAGGGAGAUUUUGUAUUUCAAACUGGCCAUGUUAUUGAAAUUGUUACCAAAAUGUUUCUCGUUAUACAAAACGCUACAGGCAAACCACCGGAGAUACACAUAAGUACAGAAUUUGAAGCUAAUUUUGGGCAGCAGACAGUAAUCUUUUCAUUUAAAUACGGCGGCAUGUCGGAAUUGGCGCAAGGGCCGCCAAAAGUAACGCGCAAGGCAAAUCGCAUGGAAAUUAUUGUAUGAUCCGCCGCAAUCGAUCGCGAUCUACUACUUGGAACAACAAACAAUGCCAAAGAUAAUUGCAAAAUUUAUUUGCUUUUUGUCAAAUCGCAAGCACUAUUUUUUGUCUAUUGACUUGGUCCUGGGGACUUUAACAUAAUUUUUUAACAAUAUUCUUAUUCACAUAUACACACAUAACACACACCAAUUGAAAUAAUAUAGUUUGCUCACAACAGACAAUCAGUCAAACUAGAAAUGUGUUGUCAAAAUUGUGCCAAAAACUAAAAAAAAAAAAAAAAACAAGUAUGGAUCAAAAAUGUCUUUCAUAUGCACUAUUUGUUUAAUUUUAACGUAAACUAACGAAAAUGAGCCACUAAAUUAAAUCUAAUUUCUCUUGUACUAGUUUUAAUUAUAAGUGAAGAAGCACCAAGUCGAUUAGUAAUGCAUCAACUAGGGGCUUUGCUCGGCCCUAGACAUUUUACACAAACUAUUUACUUACGAUAUUUCCAAAAUAGAAACCAAAAGCAUUUCUCUUACAUUUAAGGUUUCAUACACAAUAAUUAGUGAACUAAUGCUAGAGAGCUCAGACAGACAUUAAUACAAAGCAUACAACAAAUCUAUAUAGUAUAU